UUGCUACGCGACUGCCGCCGCAGUUGUGUCCCGCGCGUCCAUGGCGUCCCUCAGGACUGCGAGCCCCGAGCUCCGAGCUUACUUCAGCCGCCACAACCUCCUCGACGUCUAUGAGGUGCUGCUUUGUGGGGUGAUUGUGAUGCGUCCAGAAGAUCCACUCACAUUUUUAGAAGAAAAGCUCAGAGAAAUAAUGGAGAAGGGGUUGGAUGCUGUUGUAUGGUAUAUGUGUAUUGACCUGUCUUUACACACAGAAUUGAAGAGGAUUUCAGAAACUUGCUUGAGCACUGUUUUUGGACUAGAUGGUGAACAACUGGUGACUGAAGAAUUAUGUGCCAAAGCAUGGAACUUUUACAGCAGAAACUUAAUGAAGUUGUGUUUUGGAGGAUGGAUCAGAUACAAUGUGCUGAGAAAGAACAAAAGGAAAAAGGUAAAACAGCAGGUGGCUGUAGCAGAGGUCCAUUAUAACAUCCAAAUAUUAAGACUAAUUGUACAGAAGUGGAGCACAUGGGUGCAGAUUCACAAGGAAAAAGUGGCAUUGACAAUGAAGAGAGUGCAACAUAUCUUUAAUCAAGGAUAUUUAAAUGCUGUUAUGAAGGCUUGGCAUGCAGAGGCCCACAGGUCUUUGGAAACAAAAGCCUACUUUGAGAGUUUGGAAAAGAAAAGUCAGAUAGGCUGUUUUGAAACAAAUGACCUUACUGUCAGACAGAAACCAUCCCAUUUACCAGAGGAAGCCUUAUUACAGGUUUUCCAAUUUGUAAAUUUAGAUGAUCUGGCAAGAUGUGCUCAAGUUAGUCAAACGUGGAUGCUGCUGACUCAGAACAGUUCAUUAUGGAGUGAUAUCAAUUUCUCAUCGGUGAGAAAUAAAGUUCAGGACCAAACAGCAGUAAGUAUUUUGCACAAGUGGCAUCCAUAUAUCUUACAUCUGAAUCUUCAAGGCUGCUCGUCUCUUCACUGGCCCAGUUUUAAAAGUAUUGGUGAAUGUAAGAAUUUGCAAGAUUUAAAUCUCUCUGAAUGCCAGGGGUUAAGUGAUGAAUCAAUGAGACUCAUAUCAGAAGGCUGCAGAGCUCUUCUCUAUUUAAAUCUGUCACAUACAGACAUUACUGACCGAACACUACGGCUGUUGCCAAGCAGCUUCCCCAAUUUACAGCAUCUGAGCCUAUCUCACUGCAGAAAAUUCACAGAGAAAGGUUUACUGUACCUGAGCUCUGGAAAAGGCUGCCACAAGCUCCGCUAUUUGGACCUUUCAGGUUGCAUUCAGAUUUCAGUUGACGGCUUCAGAAAUAUUGCCAAAGGCUGCAGUGGGAUUCAAGAUUUGCUACUCAACAAAAUGCCAGCUCUUACAGACAGAUGUAUUCAGGCUCUGGUUGAAAAAUGUCAACAGAUAAUGUCUAUUGUCUUUCUUGACUCUCCACAUCUUUCUGAUACAACAUUCAAAGCUCUUGCUGAAUGUAAACUUGUCAAGGUCAGCAUUGAAGGGAAUAACCAAAUUACUGACUCAAGUUUUGAAUUGAUGAGUAAAAGCUGCCUGUACAUCAGGCACAUACAUGUGGCUGAUUGCCAGAAGAUUACAGAUGCUGGUCUGAAGAUGAUUUCUCCACUGAAGCAUAUUCUUGUACUAAAUGUGGCAGACUGCAUAAGAAUCAGUGAUGGAGGUGUAAGGCCAUUUGUACAAGGAUCUUCAGGAGCUAAGCUGAGAGAGCUGAAUCUGUCUAAUUGUAUUCAUGUCACUGAUGCUUCUAUCACAGAAAUAGGACAAAGAUGCCAUAAACUGACCUACCUAAAUUUGUGUCACUGUGAAAAUGUGACUGAUGCUGGGAUUGAAGCUUUGGGAAGUAUUUCAGCAUUGCUAUCCAUUGAUCUCUCUGGCACCAACAUCUCAGAUAUGGGCUUGAGAUCCCUUGGCCAAUAUGGGAAAAUAAAGGAUAUUGCUAUAUCAGAGUGUGAAAACAUCAGUGAUACUGGGAUUCAGGAGUUCUGCAAGGGCACAAAAUACCUGGAACGCUGCGACAUCUCUUGCUGCCCUCAGUUGACAGAUGAAACUCUGAGAUCAAUGGCAUUUCACUGCCACAGAUUGACAGCUGUUAGCAUAGCAGGUUGCCCAAAGAUGACUGAUAGCUGUAUCCAGUAUUUGGCUGCAGGCUGCCAUUAUCUUCGCUUCUUGGAUGUUUCAGGUUGCAUUCAUCUUACUGACAAAGCACUGAAACAUCUUUGGAAAGGUUGUAAGAGACUCCAGACUCUGAAGAUGCUGUAUUGCAGAAAUAUUACCAAACAAGCUGUCUUGAAAUACACAGCCAAGCUUGAGAGACAAGAACAUAAUGAUGCUGAUCCUCCUUCCUGGCUUGGGUAUGACAGGGAUGGUAAUAUGUCCCCUUCACCAAAACACAUGUGGCAGAGCCUGAAUAAACAAAUCCUUCAAAAGGAAAGAUGAAGAAAUUGCACAACUUCUUCUGCAGUCCAGGAGUUUUACACUAGGGCAUGAGGAGAACACUCUAUUAUUUUCUUUAAAUGAAUCACACUUUAAUAAGAGGUGGUUUGCUGCAUUACUGGGGAAGCACUGCAGAUCU